AUGUGCGGUAGUUUCAUGCUCGUCGCAUUGCAUUGCCACUCGCCACGUUCGCGUGAACAUCUUCAGUGUAGCGACUGGAUUCGAUUUGAAUCGAAGACAAGCGGGGAAGGACGGGGGCUGACGGUGAGGGGGCUUACGACCGACGACGCUGCUCUGAUGGCUGAAUCGUCGAGUACUGUUGCGUGCUCCUACUACAACCUUUACAACAAUACAACCUUCUCUACUGAGAGCAACAUUAACUGUUUAAAAGUAAUCCACUAUUAUGCUGAGGUGGAGCAACAUUACGAGCGAUGCGGCAUCUCCCAAGUCGACACGGCGGACCGCAAAAUGUUCGCCUUGCGAAGCCCGCCCUGGCCGCAAGUUGCACCAGCUAAGUUGCUAAGCGAACUUGGAGUUGCGCCGAUGCCACCGGGUCACUUUUGCGACUAUUCUUCUCAGGCCCCUUGU